AUGUCUGCUGCUGCCUGGCAAGAGACUGCUGCUGCUGCGCAGGCGGAACUCAAGUCCAAAAUCCCCAAAGACUGGCUUCUGCCGGAGGCGAUAUUAUCAUCUAAACCCCGCAAUGUGAUACCUAUCUUCCGAAGCUGUGGUCUGUUGACGGGGCGAGAGCUGGAAAUCACCGAAGUCGAAGACUGUGUAGCAUUGCUUGAGCAGCUGCACUCUCGAAAAUGGUCGGCUCUCGAAGUCACGGUUGCCUUUUGCAAGCGGGCAGCCAUUGCGCAGCAAUUGAUCAAUCCACUGAUGAAUAUCGAUUUCGAGGGGGCGAGGAAACGGGCAAUGGAUCUGGAUGACCACCUUAAUAAGCAAGGGAAAGUGGUUGGCCCACUUCACGGGCUCCCGAUUAGUUUCAAGGAUCUCACGGAUGUCAAGGGUAUGAAAAUCACCUUGGGAUUCGUGGCUCUGGCGGACCACGUCUCCGAGACCGAUGCCGUAGCUGUGCAGUCUCUACGAGAGGCGGGAGCCAUUGUGUAUUGCAAGACGACCAUGCCACAAACCGGAAUGGCUCUCGAAACAAUCUCCAACCUUUGGGGCCGGACGUUGAAUCCAUUCAACACUGAUCUCUCGAGUGGAGGCUCUUCUGGCGGCGAGGGUGCCUUAAAUGGCUGCCAUGGAGCGCCAAUUGGCAUUGCAACGGAUAUCGGAGGCUCGAUACGCGCUCCCGCAUCGUUCAAUGGACUUUAUGGCAUUCGUCCGACUUCCCGCAGAUUCAGCUACAAGGGUAACGCCAUGGGUUUCACGGGCCAAGCCGCCAUUCUGUCCAGCAUAGGUCCCAUAGGGCGAAGCCUUAGAGAUAUCGAAUUGAUACUCAAGGUCUGGAAUGCCUUUGAACCCUGGAAUUACGAUCCGGUAGUGGCGCCCAUAAAGUGGCAACCUGCUCCAGUUCCGACCAAAGCCACUAUUGGCGUCAUGUACUGGGAUGAGGUCGUCAUGCCACAUCCACCGAUGCAGAGGGCUGUACAAAUGGUGGUUGACAAAUUAAAGGCUGCGGGCCAUGAAAUCAUCGACUUUAAGCCCUAUAGGCACCGGGAGGCUUGGGAUCUUACGUUCAAACACUAUUACCCCACCGCUGGCAGCAACGUGAAGGAGUUCAUCGAGCGAACUGGGGAGCCAGUGAUCCCGGCAGUGGCCAAAUACUUCGACCGGGCGAAAAUGUUGGAUGUCCACGAGCUGACUCAGUUGUUCAAAGAUCAACGACAGUACCAGACAGAGUAUUUGGCCCAUUGGAUUGCCACAAAGACUCAGACGUCGACGGGCAAGCCCAUCGACGCAUUGCUGACACCAUCCAUGGCAUCAGCCUCGUUUCCACACGACUACCUCCCCUGGUGGGGUUAUCUAUCCCAGUGGAACCUCUUGGAUUACCCGUGCGUAAUCCUGCCUGUAACCAGCGUCAAGCCCGAAGACACCAAAGAUAGCUUGUACACACCGGUCAAUCCGCUCGACCAAGAGACUUACGACAUGUAUGACCCCGAGAAGUUCGCCGAUAUUCCAGUUUGUGUCCAGCUAGUGGGCCGAAACUUGCAAGAGGAGCAGCUGGUGGCUGUCGCGAUGGCGGUGGAUGAGGCCAUCAAGCAGUGA